AUGGCUUCUGCUAGCUUCUCUCCAGCAACACCACCAGUCUUCACUGGUGAAGGUUUUCAUAUCUGGGUGGUCAAGAUGAGGACAUACCUCCAAGCAUUUGACUUGUGGGAAGUUGUUAACACAGACAUUGAGCCAGCUCCACUGAGGGCCAACCCCACUGUGGCUCAGAUUCGUCAGCAUGCAGAUGAGAGGACUAAGAGGCACAAGGCUAUGUCCUGUAUUCAAAAUUGUGUUUCUGAUGACAAACUUAAGGAGGAGUUCCAAGGCACUGAGAGAACAAGGCAGCAGCAGCUUCUCAACUUGAGAAGGGAUUUCGAGAAUCUGAAAAUGAAAGAGGAGGAAACUAUUAAGCAAUAUUCUGACAGGAUAAUGGCUGUUGUAAACAGCAUAAGGCUCCUUGGUGAGCAAUUUGAUGAAGUAAGAAUUGUUGAGAAGGUUCUCUCUACCCUACCAGAGAUAUAUGAAGCAAAGAUAUCCUCCUUAGAGGACUCGAGAGAUUUGACAAGGAUCUCCCUGACUGAGCUUAUCAAUGCUCUUUAUGCUCAGGAGCAAAGAAGAGCCAGCAGGAUCAAGGAGCACCAGGAGGGUACAUUUCAGGCCAAAGUCAAGCCUAGCUCAAGUAAUGCUGCCUACAAAGGCAAGAAAAAUUGGAGGGAUAAAUCCAAAACUGAUGCCUCGAGAAAAUGGGAUAAACCUUGCAGGCACUGCAAAAGGCCCGGUCAUCCAGAGGCCAGAUGCUGGUUCAGACCAGAUGCUACAUGCCAAAAUUGCAAGAAGAAAGGCCAUGUUGAGAAGGUCUGCAAAGAGAAAGGGAAACCUGGUCAAAAUCAACCACAACUCAAGAAUGAAGAGGCUAAAGUAGCUGAACAAGGCAAUGACAGUGAAGAAUAUGUCUUUGCAGUUUCAUGCUUAGCUACAAAAAACAAGGUCACCAAAGAUGCAACUAUUUUUAGAACCCUGGACAGAAGCUGCAAAACCAAAGUGAAAAUAGGCAAUGGUCAGUUCAUCAAGGCUGAAGGAAAGGGAGAUGUCCACAUAUGUACCUCCAUUGGAGACAAAGUCAUCACAAAUGUGCUUCUGGUACCUGAGAUUGAUAGAAACUUACUCAAGAUUGCUCACCAUCGGAUAAGGGUUAUUCAUUGUGUUCAAGGGCCGGAGUGCAAAAUCACGAUCCAAAUGGAAUAA